CCCAAUUUGAACUCUACUUUCUGCAUAUAUCUUGAAACAAUUUCAAAUCAUUUCUGGGUGAUCGUUCCAAUCACGAUGGAUCUCCGUCCGCCCGCCGCAGACUCUCCCGGGUUUUCUCCGACCUGCGCCGAGAACAACUUGAAGUUCGUCUGCCAUUUCAGCGCCGGUCCGCAGCUCCACGACCAGGACCAUACCGAUGCUCAGAGGGUGUGCGUAACCCUGCCUGAUCACUGCAGCGUCCACCAGCUGAGGAUGCACAUCUCCAUGCAGGUGCAGAACUUCCAUCCUGAUCCCCCUGCGAUACUGGAUCCAGAGAGGUAUACCUUGCUAUAUCGUACGGUGGACGACUGGUACGAGGCCUACGACGACUGUCAGAUCAUCAGGACACUAAACAUGCCGUGGUGGUAUGACGACGCUGGACUCCGAACAGCCCACAUGAUGUUGAAGGAGACGGUGACAGUGGAUUCAGAGUCCAAGCAGAAGCAACAACACUUGUUGGCCUUCCUAAUGGGACACAAUCUGGAGGAGGAGGUAUCGGACAGACUUGGCGAGCUGGCAUACACCCGCCGGAAACUGGCAUCUUUGAGAAAAGAGGAGCUGAAGCGUCGAGACGAAACGUUGUACAUCACAGAGCCUUGGAUCGCAAACACUCCGGUGCAAGACGACCUGAAGCACCUGCUAAACAGAAAGCUCCCGAUCACCUUACAUUACAUGAAUCAGAUCAGCUUCAGUAUACAAGUCGAUUACACCGCAACACCUGAUAUCCUUCUGAAAUUUUUUGAACGAGUCAUGACAGAGCAGAAGCAAGACCUUCAUGAAACGUUGGUGCUGAAAGUAUCGGGAAGAGAGGAGUUCAUAUCCGGGGACUACCCUCUGAAAGACUUCCAAUGGGUGCGACAGUGCUUGAAAGACAAUCAAGACCUCCACCUGUCUGUGGUUCCUAUCUCGCAGCUUGUCAAGGAGAUGGUCCAGUUAGAGGACUUGCCGCUCGUGGACGCUUUCAGCGGUAGAUUUAUGUCCCAUGAAGAUAUCUGUCUGAAAGGGAAGGAUUCGGAAGACGUCGUCAUGAUAUCCCUGUGGGACUGCAACAGAAAGUUUCGCGUCAAACUUGUCGGUAUCGACGUUCCGAUGCUGCCCAGCAAGUCCCUGCAAUCUGUUUUUGUGGAAGCGUCGAUACUUUACGGCAAUAGGGUUCUCUUGUCGGUGUCUUCACCUCCUAAACCCUUCACAGACGAAGUCCUGUGGAAUGAAUGGCUGGACUUUGAUGUGUUCCUGAAGGAUCUGCCACACGGGGCCAAGCUGGGCUUCACUAUUAACGCCAGCAGCAAUGACAACAAGGAUGCAAAGUCGGCUUCAAAAAUGAGCGAUGUGUCGAAAGGGAGGGCAAAAGUGCUUUACUUUGUCAAUCUUCUCUUGAUAGAUCACAGGUCGGUCCUCAGACAGGGACCCAUAACGCUACACAUGUGGUCUCACUUGGACCAAGAGGACGGGGCCAUCACCUACCAAGCCGACAAGCUGUCCUGCGCUCCGAACCCGGAUAGUUCCAACUCCAUGGCCAUUACCUUCCUUCUUGACCGCUACAGCUUCCCCGUGGUUCUCCCAAAGUGCUUCAGCCACACUCCCGGCACUAUCCCGUCUGAUUCUGCAUGCCCACCCAUGCAGGAAAAAGCAAAUGAGCCUGAUACCUUCAGACGUCUUUCUCAAGACAUUCACCCGAAGAAGGCUCUCAUAAAUAGAUUUAGGGAGAAGAGCGUUUGUUACGGUCCUAACCUCCCUAAGUUCCUCCGCAAUGUGGACUGGAUGGAUAGCAGAGUGGUGGAGGAUGUCCACUGGUUGCUGAUAAACUGGGACCCGGCAGAGCUGGAUGUGACCGUGGCCCUGGAGCUGCUGAGCAUGGACUUUGCUGACGAGGCGGUCAGGAGAUUAGCGGUCCAGAGACUAGAGAGCCUCUCCAAUGAUGAUGUUCUAAAGUAUUUGCUGCAGUUGGUGCAGACCCUCAAAGUGGAAGCGUACCAUGAUAGCGUCCUCGCUCGCUACCUCAUCAAAAGGGCCUUAAGGAGCAAGCGCAUCGGCCACUUCUUCUUCUGGUACGUGCGCGGCGAAGUGACGGCGUGUCCAUACUUUCGCCAGCGCAUGGCCGUGGUUUUGGAGGCGUACCUGCUCGGCUGCGGUCAAGCCAUGCUGGACGGCUUUGCUCGGCAGGUGCAGGCCGUGAAUGCCCUGCAGGAGGUCGCCCUCCUGAUGAAGAGCCUUUACCCUGAAAAAACAGUCCUUCCCCCGACAGCUACACUCAAGCUUCAACAACUUCUCCAAGACAGCACUCUGCCUGAAUUCCUGCUGCCUUUGGACCCUCGCGUUAAAGUGGGACGGAUUCUGCUGGAGAAAUGCAAGGUGAUGGCGUCGAAGAAGAAACCGUUGUGGUUGGAGUUCGCCGCCAUGCCGUCACCAACCUCUGCUCCACCUGUUGGAAUCAUUUUCAAACAAGGGGAUGACCUCAGACAGGACAUGCUGGUUAUCCAGACAUUGACGGUGAUGGACUCCAUCUGGCAGGAGCAGUCACUGCAUCUCAACCUGGUUCCAUAUGGCUGCAUCUCCACGGGGCACAACAUAGGUAUGAUCGAGGUCGUACGUGACGCGGUGACCAUCGCUGCCGUCCAGAGGAGCCACGGAGGAACCAUCGGGUUCUUCAGAGACGACGCGGUCUUUGAGUGGCUGAAAUCCAAGUGUUCGCUCCAGGAAAUUCACUUCAAGACUGUGGAGCGCUUUGUCAAGUCCUGUGCUGGGUACUGCGUGGCCACGUACGUCCUGGGUAUCGGGGACCGCCACAAUGACAACAUUAUGAUAACAGAUCAAGGCAAUUUGUUCCACAUCGACUUUGGCCACAUCCUAGGCAACAGGAAGCACUUCCUGGGAGUGAGCAGGGAGCGUGUCCCGUUUGUGCUCACGCCCGACUUCCUGUACGUGAUGGGCAGGGUCAAAGGUCGCAGUAGCCUCUACUUUCAGUGCUUCAGGGACACGUGUGUUCGAGCCUACUUGGCGCUGCGUUCUCACUCCGGCCUGCUGGUGACGCUCUUCUCCCUCAUGCUGCUCACCGGCAUGCCUGAGCUGAGCGCCGCAGAGGACAUGCAGUACCUGCGGGAGGCGCUGCAGGAGGACAGGAGCGAAGCGGAGGCCCAGGAACAUUUCCUCCAGCAGAUUAGCAGGUGUGAGCAGCUGGACUGGACUGUGCAGGCCAACUGGUGGAUACACCUGGUGGCUAAUAGAUAAGACUCGCUGAUGUCAUUUGAUCACAUUUCCUUGCAUGACGAAUCACACAAUAAUGCCAACGUUUUCGUUAGAUUUGUUCGUUAACCAGAUGAGGUCAAAACUACACCGCUGAUUGCUACGCAUUUUUGGUUAAAUUUAGCUCAAUUAUUCAUUUAUUUAUACAUUCUACAGACAAACUAAACAGGUCUCAAAGUACAACAACAACAAAAAAAUAUGAAAAAUUCAACAGGACCAAAGCCCCCAAAAGUGGGACCUAAAAAGCCAAAAGCCGCUGCCUGACCAGGGUUGAGAAAAUCUGCAGGGACUCCUCCCACCCUCACCGAGGACUGUCCACAUUUUCAGGAUUUAUGCAGAUCCCAAAUACACAUCAGCAGGCACCAGAGGAAAAAUAAUUUGGUUUUGCAUAAUAUUGCGAAACAAAACACCUGAUAAUGUGUGCCAUUUAACGGUCCUCAUACACACACCAAAAUAAUACCGGUAUGUUUAAUGCGCCGACAAUCCAUCAAGGGGUGUGGCUUCAUAGCUUACCAAAGUCGUACUAAAAACAUUUUUGACAGAUUUUUGAGCGCCGUGUGUAAUGUUCUAUACUUUCGAUGGAACAUUUCAAGUUUUGGUGUUGUUUACUGGUGCCAGCUUGCAGUUUACAUGUAUCUCUUAUGUGUGACUGCCAUCUACUGGUCACGUUUAUCAUUACACUUUGUACCAAAUAAAAUUGCCAUCAUUAUAACACUUAUAUGAGGCUCAUUUUGAUAGUAGGAUAAUAUAACUAAUAUAGACACAUCAUGUGUUGUCAUUAUAACACUUACAUAAGACUUUUAAAGUCAUUUUGAUAGUAGGCUAAUAUAACUAAUAUAGACACUUACAUCACGUGUUUGUCAGAGUUAUUUGAUGACGAACCCCAAGAUGCAGAGAUGGAGGCAGGCAUGGAAUGAGAAAACAUGAUUUAAUUCAAUACUAAGACAAAAACAAAACCAAAAGGGUACAAACACAAAGUGCGCACGAGGCAGAUAAGCAAACAAAAGGAGCUAGCCCGGGAGCUAGAAAAUGACGAACAGGAGCUUAGCGUCGAAGCUAGCGGGUAGCGAACAGGCAAACAGAAGUCGUACUUUUAUAAUGAAAAAUAAAACGGAAGCAGGGAACAAAAAACAGUAAGCUACAAACAUCGACUGAAUAUAGCUUACCGCUACGCUGCAAAGACAAGGUACGACACGACAGGAGCGAUAACACAUCACAAGAGCGACUAGACAUGACAUCGACAAGACAAUACAAUGAUCCAGCAACUGACACAACACAAAAGGAGGUACAAAUAGGAGCCGGCUGAUUGGCAACAGGUGUGGCCAGAUGCCAAUCAGCCGCAGCUGAAGGGGAACACAGCACUCAGGGAACAAGACAGGAAGCUGACAAAAUAAGAGCACUAGACAGGAACUAAGGAAAGGAAAUACUAAACACACUGAGGAGGAACACAGCACUCAGGGAACAAGACAGGAAGCUGACAAAUUAAGAGCACUUGACAGGAACUAAAAGAGAGGAAAUACUAAACACAGGAAACAGACAAAUGCAGAGGAAAAAACUAAAACAUAGACAAACUGUCAGGGAAAAGCCUGACAGUGUUGCCUUCAUUAAAACACUUAAAUAAGGCUUUUAAAGUCAUUUUGAUUGUAGGCUAAUAUAGCUAAUAUAGACACCUACAUCAUGUGUUGCUUUCAUUACAGCACUUAUAUAAUAAUUUCAAAGUCAUUUUGAUAGUAGGCUAAUAUAGACACUUACAUCAUGUGUUGCUUUCAUUACAGCACUUAUAUAAUAAUUUCAAAGUCAUUUUGAUAGUAGGCUAAUAUAACUAAUAUAGACACUUACAUCGUGUGUUGCCUUUAUUACCUUUUAGAGUCAUUUUCAUCGUAGGCUAAAAGAACUAAUAUAGACACUUACAUCAUGUGUUGCCUUCAUUAAAACACUUAUGUAAGGCUUUUAAAGUCAUUUGGAUAGUAGGCUGAUAUAGCAAACAUAGACACUUUCAUCAAGCGUUGCCAUCUUUAUAACACUUAUAUAAGAAUUUUAAAGUCAUUUUGAUAGUAGGCUAAUAUAGCUAAUAUAGACACUUACAUCAUGUGUUGCUUUCAUUACAGCAUUUAUAUAAGAAUUUUAAAGUCAUUUUGAUAGUAGGCUAAUAUAGCUAAUAUAGACACUUACAUCAUGUGUUGCCUUCAUUAUAACACUUAUGUAAGGCUUUUAAAGUCAUUUGGAUAGUAGGCUGAUAUAGCAAACAUAGACACUUUCAUCAUGCGUUGCCAUCGUUAUAACACUUAUAUAAGAAUUUUAAAGUCAUUUUGAUAGUAGGCUAAUAUAGCUAAUAUAGACACUUACAUCAUGUGUUUCCUUCAUUAUAACACUUAAAUAAGAAUUUUAAAGUAAUUUUGAUAGUAGGCUAAUAUAGCUAAUACAGACACUUACAUCAUGUGUUGCUUUCAUUACAGCACUUAUAUAAGAAUUUUAAAGUCAUUUUGAUAGUAGGCUAAUAUAACUAAUAUAGACACUUACAUCAUGUGUUGCCUUUAUUAUAGCGCUUAUAUAAGGCUUUUAGAGUAAUUUUGAUUGUAGGCUAAUAUAAAUAAUAUAGACACUUACAUCAUGUGUUGCCUUCAUUAUAACACUUAUGUAAGGCUUUUAAAGUAAUUUUGAUAGUAAGCCAAUACAGCAAAUAUAGACACUUACAUCAUGUGUUGCCAUCAUUAUAACACUUAUAUAAGGCUUUUAUUAUUUUGUGGCUCCAGACCGAUUACUUUUUUGUAUUUGUGGUCCAAUAUGUACUAGCUCAACAAUUGAUCAAUUUUUGUAUUUCACCAGGAAGGUUAAGUUUUGCAAACAGGGGACUUUAAAGACAGGAGAGCAUGUGUCUGUGACUUUUUACUUCUGGUAUUUAUCUAAUAGUAAGUAUGUCUGAAUAACCCAACUGCUCAUAAAUGUUGAUUCUACUGA